CUUCACGCCAGCCCGGGAACUGGGAGCUACAGAGAGGGGAGAGGAGGAAGAGGAAACUGGCAACUCCCUGCCCAGCCCCAGCCUUACCUCCGUGCAACCCUCAGGCUGGUCGGCACCGGCUCCCACGCCAGGCUUCACCCCGGGCCCCAUUUUGGCUCCAGCCUUGCACCCAGCAGUCCCAGCCCGCAGUGCCCCUGGUGGCAUCCUCCCUCCCGGAUCCCGCCCUGCUCCUGCUCCUGCUCCUGCUCUGACAUUCCGUAGCAGGAACCUCAAGCCAUGGCCGGUCCCUUCUCCCGUCUGCUGUCCGCCCGCCCGGGGCUCAGGCUCCUGGCUUUGGCUGGAGCUGGGUCUCUCGCUGCUGGAUUUCUGCUCCGCCCGGAACCUGUACGAGCCGCCAGUGAACGACGGAGGAUGUAUCCCCCGAGUGCUGAGUACCCAGACCUCCGAAAGCACAACAACUGCAUGGCCAGUCACCUGACCCCAGCGGUCUAUGCCCGGCUCUGCGACAAGACCACACCCACUGGUUGGACGCUAGAUCAGUGUAUCCAGACUGGCGUGGACAACCCCGGCCACCCCUUCAUCAAGACUGUGGGCAUGGUGGCUGGAGAUGAGGAGACCUACGAGGUAUUUGCUGAGCUGUUUGACCCCGUUAUCCAAGAACGACACAAUGGAUAUGACCCCCGGGUAAUGAAGCACACCACUGACCUGGAUGCCAGUAAGAUCCGUUCUGGCUACUUUGAUGAGAGGUAUGUAUUGUCCUCGAGAGUCAGAACUGGCCGAAGUAUCCGGGGACUCAGUCUGCCUCCAGCUUGCACUCGGGCAGAGCGGCGAGAGGUGGAACGUGUUGUGGUGGACGCACUGAGUGGCCUGAAGGGUGACCUGGCUGGUCGUUACUAUCGGCUCAGUGAAAUGACAGAGGCUGAGCAGCAGCAGCUUAUUGAUGACCACUUCCUAUUUGAUAAGCCUGUAUCCCCAUUGCUGACUGCGGCAGGAAUGGCUCGAGACUGGCCAGAUGCUCGUGGGAUCUGGCAUAACAAUGAGAAGAGCUUCUUAAUCUGGGUGAAUGAGGAGGAUCAUACCCGGGUCAUCUCCAUGGAGAAGGGUGGCAAUAUGAAGAAAGUGUUUGAAAGAUUCUGCCGAGGCCUCAAAGAGGUGGAGCGGCUGAUCCAGGAGCGUGGCUGGGAGUUCAUGUGGAAUGAGCGUUUGGGAUACAUCUUGACCUGUCCAUCUAACCUGGGCACUGGACUACGAGCAGGAGUACACAUCAAACUGCCGCUGCUAAGCAAAGAUAACCGCUUCCCAAAGAUUCUGGAGAACCUAAGACUCCAAAAGCGUGGUACUGGAGGAGUGGACACAGCUGCCACAGGCAGUACCUUUGACAUCUCUAAUUUAGACCGUCUGGGCAAGUCAGAGGUGGAGCUGGUGCAACUGGUCAUCGAUGGAGUAAACUAUUUGAUUGACUGUGAGCGGCGUCUGGAGAGAGGCCAGGAUAUCCGCAUCCCUCCGCCUCUCAUCCACAACAAGCAUUAACUCCCCAUCCUCAGCAGAUGACUCAAGAUCCCCAGGACUUCCGCCCAGUCUAAUGGUGGCCUAUCCUACUUGCCUGGAUGCCCCCCACUUCCUGUGUCCCAGUAAAGACACCUUGCUAUGCUCCAA